GGAGAGACAGGGAGAGAAACUGUCCCAAGCCAGACAGCUGAUUACGUGCGGGAGAAAAGUAUCUUUGCUCUGAAAGGCUGCAUAAGAACUAAUCUGCAAUUUAGUUUUAAAACUCACCGGCAGCGAAAAUUGCUAUAUUUAUUUUUUUUUUACGUUGGUACUCAAAUAGAGUUUGCACUGGAUUUUUUUUUAUUCAGAUAAGCUUUAAUAGGUAAGAAGUUUCUGUGAAAUUCAGUAUACGUGACCUACGCACCUGGACUUUUUUGCAGAACAAAAAAUUGAACGUAUUUCUUGAAAACCUGAACGCACUUUUGUGAAGGAUUAUGAUGUUUUUUGUGCGUGUUGCGCUGAGUUUAAUCGCUGCUCUGUGCGCUAACGCGGCGCAGAGCGCAUGGGAGGAAACUACCCUGGUACCAGUUCAGCUCGACUCCUACAAGAGCAAAAAGGAAUCGCCUCUAAGUUCAGAGGCUCAGGAGAAAGAAUCACAAAAGCUUUUCUAUCGCUUGGACAUCUUUGGGAAACAGAUGGUGUUGGAGUUGGAGCCGGAUCAGACUUUCCUGGCGCCUGGGUUUGUAUUCCAUGUGGUGGGGAAACCGGAGGGCCAGCGGGGUUUUGACAGCUCGGGGGAAGCGCGCUGCUUUUACACAGGAACGGUGAACGGAGAGAAGAACUCUGCGGUCGCUCUUAACGUCUGCCAUGGACUGAGGGGUGGGUUCAACUAUGGUGAUGAAGAGUAUUUCAUUCAGCCCGCGAAUGCCACCGGGGAAAGCAGUUUUUCAAGCGAGGACAUGCACAUCAUUCGCCGGAGAAAUAGGCGGUUCCACGGCGAGGCCGGUGGGUCCAAGUGCGGGGUCAGGGAAGACGAGGAGAAAGUCCCUGAGCACCAGAGGACGAAACCAGAUAAAGAGCUCGCUUCAACUCCAGAUGAGUCCCAAGCACACCACCGGGCCCGGCGUUUUGUGUCCACCCCACGAUACAUGGAAAUCAUGAUUGUGGCAGAUCAGUCAAUGGCAGAAUUCCAUGGAGCUGGACUGAAGCCUUACCUGCUAACCAUAAUGGCAGUAGCUUCUCAUCUUUAUCGCCACCCAACUAUUCAUAACUCUAUUACACUUUCUGUGGUGAAACUUAUGGUGAUAUAUGACGAAGAGCAGGGACCAGACGUUUCCACUAAUGCUGCCCUCACCUUGAGGAACUUCUGCCAGUGGCAAAAACAGCACAACCCUCCCAGCGAUCGUCACCCGGAACAUUAUGACACCGCCAUCCUGUUCACCAGACAAGAUCUCUGUGGUGCUCACUCUUGUGACACAUUAGGAAUGGCUGAUGUUGGCACAGUGUGUGAUCCAGAGCGAAGUUGCUCCAUCAUUGAGGACGAUGGACUGCAGGCAGCUUUCACUGUUGCACAUGAGCUAGGUCAUGUGUUCAACAUGCCCCAUGAUGAUGCGAAGCAGUGUGCUAAUAUCAAUGGUGACAACUGGGGUGCCCACAUGAUGGCAUCUACGCUUUCCAACCUGAACCAGUUGCACCCCUGGUCUCCAUGCAGCGCCCUGAUGAUAACAGCUUUCCUGGAUAAUGGCCAUGGUCAGUGUCUGCUUGACAAGCCACAGAAGCCUCAGCAAUUACCACAAGCCCUGCCAGGUUCAGUGUACAAUGCUGACCAUCAGUGCCGUCUCACUUUUGGCGAGGAGUCACUGCACUGCCCUGACCUGAGCACAACCUGUGCAGCUCUCUGGUGCACUGUCACUACAACAAAUGGUCUACUUGUGUGCCAAACCAAAAACUUUCCAUGGGCUGAUGGAACUCCAUGUGGCCAUGACAGCUACUGUAUGGCAGGCCAGUGUUUGAGCAGCAAAGAAGCAGCCAAUUAUCAGAUCCCAGUCAAUGGUGGAUGGGGAACUUGGGGACCUUGGGGCGAGUGCUCACGUACCUGUGGUGGUGGUGUACAGUACUCUUUUAGGGAAUGUGACAACCCUAUGCCCAGGAACGGAGGCAAAUACUGUGAGGGUAAAAGAGUUCAGUACCGAUCCUGCAAUACAGAAGACUGCCCUGACAGCAAUGGUUUAACUUUCCGUGAAGAGCAGUGUCUGGCCCACAAUGACAUUUCCACCCAUGUGACAUUUGGCUCAAGUGAGGGUGUUGAAUGGGUACCGAAGUAUGCUGGCGUAUCACCCAAGGACCGCUGUAAGCUGGUUUGCAGAGCAAAGGGAACAGGCUACUUCUUUAUCCUCAAGCCAAAGGUGGAGGAUGGAACUCCAUGCACCCCCGACUCCACCUCUGUUUGUGUCCAAGGACAGUGCGUUAAAGCUGGAUGUGACCGCGUGAUUGGCUCAGAUAAACAGUUUGAUAAAUGUGGUGUUUGUGGAGGGGACGGCUCCACUUGCAAGAAGGUGUCUGGAUCUUUGGAGUAUGCAAGACCUGGAUAUCAGGAUGUUGUGACAAUCCCUGCUGGUGCCACACACCUCGAUGUCAAGCAGAGAUCCACUGCUGGCCGAAGACAUGACAACAGCUACCUAGCUGUUCGUCGGCAAGAUGGCACCUACCUACUAAAUGGUGACUACAAGCUUACAACUUUGGAGACUGACAUCUUUCUUAAAGGGGCACUUCUGCGCUACAGCGGAUCCUCAGCCUCUCUUGAGCGCCUCCGUAGCUUCGCCCCUCUUCCAGAGCCACUGAUCGUGCAGGUGCUAUCUGUAGGCAACUCCCCUCGGCCCCGUCUCAAGUACAGCUACUUUGCCCCCCGUCCUGCUUCCACAAACCGACGUUCCAUCAAUGCCAUCAGAGGUGCAGAGUGGACACUACGUGAAUGGGGACCCUGCUCACAGACCUGCGGUGAGGGUACACAGAAGAGGGAUGUGCUCUGUCUAGAUGCCCAGGGUCGACCAUCACAAGAUUGUCCAGAAGAGCUGCGUCCUUCUUCCACUCGCUCCUGUACCACACAAGCCUGCCCAUCCUGGGUGGUGGGAGAGUGGUCACCCUGUUCUAAGACAUGUGGCCGAGGUUUCCGGAAACGUCCACUGUACUGUAUAGGUCACGACGGCCAUGUUUUUCCCCAUGACAGCUGUCAAGCGAAAAUUAAACCACGACCCUUGCUAGACAUAUGCAUCCAGAGUGCCUGUUAAGACUGGCUAGGACUAAAGGCAAUAGCUGACUGUAAUUUCUGCUAUUCAUGGUCUGAAGCAGAGCAAUGCAGGUUUAGGAUCCAAAGGGUCCCCUAUGACGGUGACUGCAAUUAACCUUGAACCAGCACUACAGCUCCCACUCCUCCAACACUGGGUGCAGGACACAAAGCUGGCACACUGUGUACCUGUCUGAAAAGCUAGGAUAGAGGAAGAGUAUAAAAAAAAACUAUAAGGACACCUCGGCUGCUAAUGACACACAUAUCGGUCAUUAAGUGUGAGUGUGUUUUUAGAGUGAAUGACUGUACCAAAAAGAACUCUAGUGUAUGUAUUACUGUCUGUCUGAGCUGGACUGGACAGAUAGUUGCUAUAUGAGUGUAAAAUAUAUAUGAGAGCAUCUAUAAAAUAAACAGUGGGUAAUUAGAUGUGAAUAUAAUGGAAUCUAUUAGUAUUUGGCUAAGACAGGGAGAACCAGUGAUUCAGUAAGUGAGACCAUACUAGACCCUUGUUGAAACCCAUUCAACAUCUCAGAUCACAAAGACACACACGCUGCUAUAAUACACAGCAGGUUUUAUGUAUGUAUUUAUAAAUAUAGCUACACAGAUAGUAUACAGGUUGAUGUAUUUGCAAGUUUUCAAAGCAUACCCCAUCAUUAGUUAACAAAGAUAGACUGGAGAAAUGCCAAAGAACAUGAUUUCUGUAUCGGAGUGUGUGUGUGUGUGUGUGUGUGUAUGUGAGAAGGCAUAUAUGGAGGGUGAGGGACUUCUCUCCUGCUACUACUUCAUAAGUAAGUCUCUCGUGCCUUCCGAGAAGGUGUCAUCUUUUUUGUACAGAAUAUCCAAACAUUAUUUAUUUUUGUACAGCCUGGUAAAUGUAAUCUUGUGGCUUUUUUUUAUUAUUAUUGUUGUUGUAUUUUUAUUUGUUAUUAUUAUUGAAAUAACAGAAGGAUGUAGAUUAUAUUGGAGUAUUUAUACAGUAUUAUAUAUGGUCUUAGGUUUAUGAAUAAAGUAUCACAUUGACUUGUGAACCGAAAUCAUUUGUGUCUGUAUGUGUGUGUGUGUUAUUCUGGACUUAAAAGGGGUUUGGAGGGGAAUCACAAGGACAGACUUUGUUCUGGAAGUUUCUAAAGACUUACAUAGAACAACAGAUUUGACUAAUGACACAUUUGGAUCUGUUAGAUUAAUUAUAUUUAUUAGGCUGGUGCUUUAAUCCAAAGAAAGCAGUUUGCUCCACAACACGGAUGUACUGUAUCUAUGAAUAGAUUAAAAAAUGAUGUCUUUCUUUUAAAAAAUUGAAAAUUGAAAACAGUGCAUCCUGUUGUAGGAAAAUAAUUAUAAUUCAUAAUAAUAUCUGGAUUGUUAAAAAAUGCUGUUUAAUAAAGAAAAGUGUAUAAUUGUUGAUAUGAA